UUCCCAUCUUGUGCAAAGGAGGAGGUAUGUUGUUAGCGCGCUUGAAUAGCAGAAUGAUAAAACGUGGUUCGUCACCACGAGUUUGUCGGCUGAAUUAUAUUUUCUUCCAUCAUUCGUUGGUCGAAAGAGUUGAGCCAUCAUCAUGCUUCGCGUCUUCACUAUCUUUGCAGGUCUACUGGCCGCCGUCAGGGCAAAUACCGACACCACGACCUUGAAUUAUGAGUACAUCGUCGUUGGCUCCGGAGCUGGCGGAGGCCCUUUGGCCGCUCGUCUUGCUUUGGCCGGCCACAAGACUCUUUUAAUCGAAGCCGGAAACGAUCAAGGAUCAAAUCCAAAUUACCAGGUGCCAGCGUAUGAAGCGAAGUCCACGCAAGAUCCUGCUCUGGCCUGGGACUUUUUCGUCAAUCACUAUUCCGACGAGGCUCGCCAGAAGUUGGAUUACAAGUUGACCUACGACCUCCCAGAUGGAUCGACGUAUACUGGUUUGAAUCCCCCUUCGGGUGCAACUAUUAAAGGAGUCCUGUAUCCUCGCACCGCGACGCUUGGCGGAUGUACGGCUCAUAACGCUCUUAUCACGAUCUACCCAGACGAGAGCGACUUUCAGUACAUAGCCGAUCUUACCAGCGAUAAGUCAUGGCGCCCGGACAACAUGCGCAACUACUGGACUAGACUCGAACAGAAUCGCUACAACCCGGACAAUUCCACUGGUCACGGAUACGAUGGUUGGCUUAGUGUUGAGAAGGCUAAUAUGUCCUUAGCUUUCGGUGACCACAAGCUUCUUGGAAUGCUGUUCGGCGGGGUGAAUGCUCUGGGCCCUGAUACCAACUCGAAUUUUGUUUCGCUGCUCCAAGGAGAUGCCAAUGCGCAAGGCACCCAGCGAGACCAAACACAGGCCAUUUACCAGAUUCCGAUUGCCACUUACAAAGGUGCGCGUAAUGGUGCUCGCGAGUUCAUCGUCUCUGUUGCUACUGCCACAAACUCUGAUGGAAGCAAGAAAUAUCCCCUCGAUAUUCGCACCAAUUGUUUCGUGACGAAAGUCAACUUCAACAGCCCGGCCGUCAAGGGAGCAUUGCCAACAGCCUAUGGGGUCAAUUUCCUUGACGGCCAGGCUCUCUAUCGUGCCGAUCCUCGAGCAAAAAAGAGCGCGAACAAGGGCAAGCCAGGCUCUGCACGUGCAAGCCGAGAAGUCAUCAUCGCCGGUGGAUCCUACAACAGUCCUCAAAUCCUCAAGCUCUCUGGUAUUGGCCCAGCUGCGGAACUUAAGAAGUUCAACAUCUCCGUCAUCGCCGAUCUCCCCGGUGUCGGAACUAACCUCCAAGACCACUACGAGGUCGUCGUCCAGGGCUCGACUGACGAGGACUUCUCCACCCUCGAUGGUUGCACUCUCGCCUUUGACUCCAAUGGCAAGCCGACAGCCCCCGAAACCGAUCCCUGCUAUCAGAAAUGGCUCUCUGCCGGACCCGGCGGCGAUCGAGGGGCCUACGCCAGCAGCGGGUUUGCGGCGGGCAUGUUCCUCAAGAACUCAGACGCGGUCGCCGCCGACGCCAACUACGGCGCGCUGGCCUUCGGUGGGCCGAUCAAUUUCCGGGGAUAUUUCCCCGGGUACGACUACAACGCGACACAAAAGCACAACUAUUGGUCCUGGGCGAUUUUGAAGUCUCACCCGAGGAACACCGCAGGCAGUGUGACGCUGCGCUCAGCCGAUCCCUUGGACACCCCUGAAAUUCAGUUCAACUAUUUCGAUGCCGGAAGUAAGGGUUGGGAGAAGGACGUCGCGCAAAUUGCGGAGGCGAUCGGCGUGGCGAGGGAUGCGUUCGCGAAACAGUCCACUCCCUUCACCGAACUUUUGCCCGGGCCGGAUGCCAAUGUUGAGGAUUUUAUCAAGAACACAGCUUGGGGACACCACUGCUCCAGCACGUGCGCAAUUGGAGCUGAUGGUGACCCCAUGGCGGUGUUGGAUUCGAGUUUCAGGGUGCGCAAGGUGAAUGGCCUGCGAGUGGUGGACGCAUCGGUGUAUCCGAGAAUCCCUGGAACUUUCACAGCCGCGUCGACUUACCUUGUCGCAGAAAAAGCUGCAGAUGUCAUACUCAGCCAAUUAAAGACGAAGCUGCCGGCUGGUGUUCUCCGUCGUACGCACAUGUGAACACUUUUGAUUGUCGCUGGAUAAUGUCCAACAUAUUUGAUGAAUGGAGGAAUGAUAAAAUCAACUGAUGAGGCAUGAAAGACGUGGUUCGCUUUCGCUUGUUUGAAGAUUCAAUGAUGAAACAAAGUAAGCUGGGUUAUAAACGCGGUCAUUUUUUGACAUUUCUCAACGCGCCUCGGAAUCACUCUUGCGAGCCAUCGGUAUUAAGCUCUGGAAUAAAACUUCCCUCUACGGCCAACCUCAAACGUGUGACAUGUCUUUCUGAAAGCGAUAUGAGCUCUUCAAAAUUGCCUUUGAGCUUUCCACGGUGUUUACGGCA